AUGAAAUUUCAUUUUACUGCACCUAUCAAAACCUAUAUGCAUUACACGCCUCUCUCUCUCUCUCUCACUCACUUCGGACUUCGGUGCCUCUCACUCUCACUCACUCUCGUCUUCUCUGUGCCUCUGCUUCGGACUUCGGGUUCUGCGUUCUUGUUCUUUGCCUUCAAAUUUUCAGUCAGUUCAGUCCACUACUCCACGGGAAUGGUUGGACUAUCUCUGGGAGAAAAACACUUCAUACAGGGUGGCAUUGCUCAAGACAUUCGUUCUGAUGGUCGAAAAAGAUUAACUUACCGUCCUAUUAAUGUUGAAACUGGAGUUAUACCCCAAGCAAAUGGUUCAGCAAGAAUCAGGAUGGGGGCCACAGAUGUUAUUUCUACUGUGAAGGCUGAACUUGGAAAGCCAAUUUCACUACAACCAGACAAAGGAAAGGUUUCCAUAUACGUUGACUGCAGUCCAACUGCAGCCCCAAUGUUUGAGGGUAGAGGGGGUGAGGAGUUGUCCACAGAACUCUCAGUUGCUCUUCAACGUUCUCUCUUGGGUGGUAAAAGUGGAGCUGGGGCUGGAAUUGAUCUCUCAUCUCUAGUAGUUGUGGAGGGAAAAAUUUGCUGGGAUCUUUAUAUUGAUUGUCUUGUGGUUUGUUCAGACGGGAAUCUGCUUGAUGCCCUAGGUGCUGCCAUUAAGGCUGCUUUGAGCAAUACAGGCAUCCCGAGGGUUCAAGUUGCAGCUGGUGCAUCAGGUGAUGAGCAACCAGAGGUUGACAUUAGCGAUGAAGAAUUUCUGCAGUUUGACACAUCAGAUAUCCCUGUCAUAGUUACAUUAACAAAGGUGGGAAGGCACUAUAUUGUAGAUGCCACUACAGAAGAGGAGUCCCAAAUGAGCUCUGCCAUUUCUAUUUCUGUCAACAGGAAAGGACACAUUUGUGGGCUGACUAAAAGAGGUGGUGCAGGCCUGGAUCCAAGCAUCGUUCUGGACAUGAUAUCUGUGGCAAAACAUGUAAGUGAGCAGCUAAUGAACAAAUUGGAUUCUGAGAUAGCUGCUGCUGAAGCCGGUGAAGAUGAAUCAUGACAUGGUUAGAACCUGCGAUGCCAUUAUAAUUGGUGCAUUCAAUUGGGAUUGGCUCAAUGAAGUAGUUUGGAUAACUUACUAGGAGAUGAAGAAAGAAUGGCGUGUUGUACACUUGGCAUGUUAACCACAAUUGUCAGAGCUAUACUAUGCAAUUUUUUUUUUUUUUUUUUUAAGAGUUAGGUCUGGUUACUGGUUUAUGAAAGCUUGCCCGUCUCUUAGGUUUUUGGCUGCAAGCAGCCAGACACGCAUUCAUCAUGGUUCUAAAGAUCAAUUUCCUGCUAGUUAAGUAGCAUUGCUGCAUUAUUGUUGUCUGUUGCAUACCUAGAUAUUGUUUUCACUUGUUUUAACAGUUGCCUUGUGUAAGCCCUAUUUUCUAC